AACGUUUGGCCAAAGAAACAGCCAUCAAAAGCCAAAUGGACAUAAGUGCAACUGGACCCAACUGAGCUAAAAUGCGCCUCUAGUCAAAAUCAGGCGUAAAACUACAACAAACAACAAAAAAGGAGUGUUGUGCCAUCUAUCCACUCAACCAGCCAACCAUUCAUUCAUUUCAUUCGCUGGAAAACAGAGUUAAGUUUUAAAAAGAUCACAUUGCAGUGACCACAAGGGAAGUGAGUCAACUCAACAGCUGCUUUGAAACAUGGGGAGCAAGGGGCACUAUCACUGGCAGAGUCACAAUGUUAAACAGAGCGGAGUGGACGAUAUGGUUCUCCUGUCCAAAAUCACAGAGGAGGCCAUCGUGGAAAACCUUAAGAAACGUUACAUGGAUGAUUAUAUAUUUACAUACAUUGGUACCGUGCUGAUCUCCGUGAACCCGUUUAAACAGAUGCCUUACUUCACGGACAGAGAAGUCGAACUUUACCAAGGAGCUGCUCAGUUUGAAAAUCCACCUCAUAUCUAUGCUCUGGCAGACAACAUGUACAGGAACAUGUUGAUUGAUGCAGAGAACCAGUGCGUUAUAAUCAGUGGCGAAAGUGGAGCCGGAAAAACAGUGGCAGCAAAAUACAUCAUGAGUUACGUAUCCAAAGUGUCAGGGGGUGGAGGAAAAGUCCAGCAUGUGAAAGACAUCAUCCUGCAAUCAAACCCACUGCUGGAGGCUUUUGGAAAUGCCAAGACGAUGAGGAACAACAAUUCCAGUAGAUUUGGGAAGUAUUUUGAGAUUCAGUUCAGUCGUGGUGGAGAACCAGACGGAGGAAAGAUCUCGAAUUUCCUGCUGGAGAAAUCUCGAGUUGUGAGCCAGAACGAGAACGAGAGGAACUUUCACAUUUAUUACCAGCUGCUUGAAGGGGCUUCACCAGAGCAGUGUGAGAACCUGGGCAUCGCUGACCCUGAUUAUUACUUCUACUUGAAUCAGUCGGGCACAAGCAAGGUGGAUGGGACAGACGACAAGAAGGAAUUCCAUGAAACAGUGAAUGCAAUGCAAGUCAUAGGCAUUUCCUCAGAUAUUCAGAUGAUGGUGCUGCAAAUUGUUGCUGGGAUUCUACAUCUUGGGAACAUUAGCUUCUCUGAAGCUGGGAACUACGCGCAGGUGGAGAAUGAGGGUCACCUGGCCUUUCCUGCGUACUUGUUGGGAAUCGACCAGUUGAAGUUGCAAGAGAAAGUGACAAGUCGGAAAAUGGACAGCAAGUGGGGAGGCAAGACUGAGUCCAUCAACAUGACCCUGAACGUGCAGCAGGCAGGAUACACUCGGGACGCUCUGGCGAAGGCCCUCCACACACGAGUGUUUGACUUCCUAGUGGAUUCAAUCAACAGAGCAGUGCAGAAACCACAUGAAGAAUAUAGCAUCGGUGUGCUGGAUAUUUAUGGUUUCGAAAUCUUUCAGAAAAAUGGCUUUGAACAGUUCUGUAUUAACUUUGUAAACGAAAAGCUUCAGCAGAUUUUCAUUGAACUGACGCUCAAAGCAGAACAGGAUGAGUAUGUUCAGGAGGGGAUUAAGUGGACACCCAUUGAAUAUUUCAACAACAAAGUUGUCUGUGACCUGAUAGAAAAUAAAGUUAAUCCCCCCGGCAUAAUGAGCAUUCUUGACGAUGUGUGUGCCACCAUGCACGCCACAGGGGAAGGAGCGGAUUCUACCCUGCUUCAGAAGCUCCAGGCCGGAGUAGGGACUAACGAUCACUUCAACAGCUGGAACCAAGGGUUUAUAAUCCACCAUUAUGCUGGAAAGGUGAACUAUGACAUGAAUGGAUUUUGUGAGCGCAACAGAGAUGUCCUCUUCACUGACCUGAUCGAGUUAAUGCAAAGCAGCGAACUGCCCUUCAUUCGAUCGCUGUUCUCAGAUAAUAUUCAAACUGAAAAGAAAGGCAGACCGACCACAGCGAGUAUGAAGAUCAAGAAACAAGCAAAUGACUUGGUCAGCACGUUAAUGAAAUGUACUCCACACUACAUCCGCUGUGUGAAGCCCAAUGAGACAAAGAAAUCCAAGGACUGGGAGGAGAGCAGGGUGAAACAUCAGGCUGAGUACCUGGGGCUGAAGGAAAACAUCCGAGUCCGGCGGGCAGGCUUCGCUUACAGAAGAGCUUUCAACAAAUUCAUACAGAGGUACGCCAUCCUUACACCAGAGACCUGGCCACACUGGCGCGGUGACGAGCGACAAGGAGUUCAGCAUCUGCUUCGGUCUGUCAACAUGGACGCUGACCAGUACCAGAUGGGGAAAUCCAAAAUAUUUGUAAAGAAUCCAGAAUCUCUUUUCCUCUUGGAAGAAAUGAGAGAGCGAAAGUUUGACGCGUUUGCGCGGAUCAUUCAGAAAGCGUGGAGGAGGUACAUUGCUCGAAGGAAGUACGAGGAGAUGAGAGAAGAAGCUUCCAGCAUUCUGUACAACUUCAAAGAGAGAAGAAGAAACAGCAUCAACCGGAACUUUGUUGGCGACUACCUUGGCAUGGAGGACAGGCCGGAGUUACGGCAGUUCCUGGCAAAGCGGGAGAGGGUAGAUUUUGCAGAUUCUGUCAAUAAAUUUGACAGACGAUUUAAGAUUAUAAAGCGCGACCUUAUUCUAUCUCCGAAGUAUAUCUAUCUGAUCGGGAGAGAAAAGGUUAAGAAGGGACCUGAAAAGGGGCAGAUCAAGGAGGUAAUAAAGAGAAAGAUCGAGAUACAAAGCAUCGUUGCGGUGUCUAUGAGCUCCAGGCAGGAUGAUUUCUUUAUCCUGCACGAACCAGAGUAUGACAGCCUCUUGGAGUCUGUGUUUAAGACGGAGUUCAUCAGUCUGCUAUGCAAACGGAUCGAAGAGCUUACGAGUCGGAAGCUGAAGCUCAACUUUUCUGACUCAUUACAUUUCAAGAUCAAGAAGGAAGGCUGGGGAGGUGGUGGCAGUCGGAAUCUCAGCUUCAUCAGAGGCGUAGGGGAGGUGGCGGUGGUUAAACCCGCAGGAAAAACUCUUCAAAUCAGUAUCGGUGAAGGAUUGCCCAAAAGUUCAAAACCAACCAGAAAAGGCAUACCAGUCACCAGGGGAUUUCAGAAAAAAGCACCAUCGAGAUCAGCCCCUCCACCGCCAGACUCUCAUCGGAACGGGGCGCCCAGAUCAUCACGGUACAAUCAGGCGAGCCAGGAACAUACCUAUACCAAAGUCCAGAAGAGCCCGAGAAAGAUCACAGGCCAUUCUGAAAUGCCUUCACUGCCCAAACUGGGGGCAAACACCAGGGCGAGAAAAUCAGUCAACAAUAAUACCAAUCUGGAGUUCAUGAGAGUACCUGAUCAAGGAGUGGCAGGGAUGCAAAGAAGGAAAAGCGUCUCUCAAAAACCUCCCCCCGCAGUAGGUCAUCCGAAACCACAGUCUAGACGCGAGGGUCCCAAGUGCCGGGCACUUUAUCAGUACUCGGGCCAGGAUGUAGAUGAAAUCAGCUUCAACACCAACGACAUCAUAGAACUCCUUGUAGAAGAUUCAUCGGGAUGGUGGAAGGGACGUAUAAAUGGGAAAGAUGGACUUUUUCCGGGGAACUAUGUGGAGAAGAUCUGAACUAUUGCAAAGUGAUGCCAAAUUUCACUGCACUGAGAAACCUCUACAAAUGAGCAUUGAACGGGGGGAAACUUGUCCAAGACCCUGUUUAUUUAUAGGAAACCUUUGAUUCAGGGUUUGAGACAGUCUGCAUAUUGCAUUCUAAUGGGGGGAAAAAUAACUGCUAGUUUCUAGGAACUAGAAGUCACUGUGCGCCGGAUGCAAGUUUCAGUAAAUAAUCUAUAAACAGAUUAUAAAAACAUGUUUUUUUUAAAAGAUAAAGAUUAAUUUGCACUAGUAAACCAAUAUUUUUUUAUUAAGAAACCAAUAGUGAUCUCUUGGUUGAGUCAAUUUCACCUAACUCUGCUGUUACAGGGAGCAUGUUCUAAAGAGCUUAGUUGGACCACAUCAGGCUGGUCCACCUAAUUAAAUGAUCUCGGAUCCUGUGAAAUCUGUGUUAGUAUAUUGUUUGAGAUGGGUCAGUCAAAUGUGUAUUGGGUACCUUACAGGAUAGGGUAUGUUAAUGUCAUUCAGGAUCUCAUUAUGCGCUUUGAAUGAUGUUUGCUUGCUGUUACCGUAUCUGUUUUCAUAUAGAAUGGGUUGUCCAUGGCUCUCGUUUCGUGCAGUAGGAAAAUGAACCGUUAAAGGCUCGAAAACUCUUAGAUUCAAUCCCUAGUUAACUAAUCUCAGCCGGGGCACACGUAAGGGAACUACAAAUGCCCCUGGGCUAGGGAAGGAAUAUUUCAGACAGGCUCCCUCCACCCUCCCACACACACACAAACACACGCACACAUCCUCCUUCCUAAUCACUAUCCAGUGACUCCUAUUUGUGUUCCUGUGUGGACAUUGGAUGAGGAAUGGAUUGGAUUAGACUGCGAUGCUUCUCUUGAAGAAAGAUGAUCCAUUGAACAUCACUUGUUUUAUCAUAAAUCAUUAAGAUCAGACCUUUCUGUCUUAACAUUUAAGAAGGCGCAGAAUUGUGGAAAAAUUCUUCCAUUUAUUCUUGCUUUGGAAACCUACUGACUACAAGUUUUAACAAAAAUCCUUACAUUUGUUACAGCGCCUUUCAUGUCAGGUGGACUUCUCAA